AUGCUACCAAAAGCACAAAUUAAUAAUAAAAUAAAUCCAAAAGAUGGAAAAAAUGAAGAUCCUGGAAGUCAUCAUCUUAAACGUGCUUUACAUGCACGUCAUCUAACAAUGAUAUCAAUUGGCGGUACAAUUGCUAAAGCAGGUCCAAUUGGUGCACUAUUAGCUUAUUCUAUUAUUGGUGUGAUAGUGCACUUUAUGAUGACAUCAUUGGGUGAAAUGGCCACAUAUAUUCCUAUCUCUGGUUCAUUCAACACUUAUGCAAAAAGAUUUGUAGAUCCUGCUUUAGGGUUUGCUCUUGGUUGGAAUUAUUGGUACUUUUGGGCCAUGACAAUAGCAGUUGAAAUUGUUGCUGCUGCAAUAAUUAUAAAAUAUUGGUUACCAUAUGCACCAACUUGGAUAUUUAGUAUAGUAAUUUUACUUGUGAUGUUGAUAAUCAACAUGUUCACAGUAAGAGGUUAUGGUGAAACAGAAUAUUGGCUUUCUCUUAUAAAGAUAAUUACAGUUUUUGCUUUUAUUGUAACAGGCAUUUUAUUAAAUUUUGGAAUAAUUGGAAAGACACAUGAAGUAAUUGGAGUGAAAAAUUAUAGUGCUGGAAUUACAGAUUUUUAUGGAUUUCUUGCAGUUAUAUUAACUGCUGGGUUCUCAUUUCAGGGAACAGAACUUGUUGGUAUUGCAGCUGGUGAAUCAAAAAACCCUGAAAAAAAUGUACCAAAAGCAAUUCACCAAGUUUAUUGGCGUAUUUUAUUAUUCUAUAUUUUUGCUAUUAUAGUAGUAGGUUUGCUAGUUCCAUACAAUGAUCCACAUCUUAUAGCAAACGGUCUUGGGGGUUCAGCUCAAAGUCCUUUCACAAUUGUAUUUCAUAGGACUGGACUUGAAGCUUCAACACAUUUGGUUAAUGUUGUUAUACUUGUUGCUGUUCUUUCUGCUGGAAAUUCGGGACUUUAUGCUGCAUCACGUGUAUUAUAUAAUCUUGCUGUUGAAGGAAAUGCUCCAAAAGUUUUCCAAUACAUUAAUAAAGAUGGUAUACCAUUGCCUGCUUUAUUGGCAACUACAGGUGUUGGUUGUCUAGCAUUUCUAAUGUCAUUUAUUGAAUUACCUUACAAAUCACAAUUAUUUCCAUUUGGUCCAAUAUUUACAUUUUGUUUAUUAUCAAUUCUUAUAGUUGGACAAACAAUUCAUGCAUUCCUGGAUGCACAUCAUGGUCACAAAGAUCCUUUGGUUGUUAUUACAGCAUAUAGUGGAGCACCAUUGUUUUUUAUGCUUUUCUUUAUUUAUAAAAUUGUAAAGAGAACAAAAAUGGUUCCAUUGCGUGAAUGUGAUUUUGAUCGAGGAUUUGAUCCAAGUUAUGUUGAAAUGGAUGAGAAACAAUAUAAUAUUCUGACAAAAAUGACAGCCGUGGUGAUCAAAGGUGGCAAAAGAUUGAAAGGCGAAUUUGCAAAUAUAAGUCAUUAUCAUUACAGCACAAAUACUGCAAAUACCAUUAAUACCAGUAACA